CAGAUGUGAUCAAAAGCACCACUCGGCGCCGACAGUCGCAUGAGCAUAUUCUUCCUCUCCCCAAUCUUCAUCACUCACUAAACCUCUCUCCAUCCAUUUGGGAUCUUUGUUGAUACCCAGUAUAAGCUAGAGCCCCUCCAUUCCUCGGUUCUUGCUUUCCACGCUUCCAGUAAGCACACGCUCGAGCGAAGGUGCUAGUUAGUGUCUCUGAAACUUCACCACACUAUGGCUGCCCAAGAGCUGCGAUACGACGGCCAAACCGCCGUCGUGACCGGUGCCGGUGGUGGUCUGGGUCGCGAGUAUGCCAUCUUCUUCGCUAGCCGCGGCGCGAACGUCGUCGUGAACGACCUUGGUGGAAGCUUCAAGGGCGAGGGCACAGGCUCCUCGGCUGCAGACAAAGUCGUCGAAGAGAUCCGCUCCGCUGGCGGGAAAGCGGUUGCCAACUACGAUUCAGUUGAGAAUGGAGAAUCCAUCAUCAAGACGGCCAUCGACGCCUUUGGCCGUGUCGAUAUCCUCAUCAAUAAUGCGGGCAUUCUACGAGAUAUCAGCUUCAAGAACAUGAAGCAGUCAGACUGGGAUUUGAUCUACAAGGUUCACGUCAAGGGCGCAUACAAGUGUGCGAGGGCGGCGUGGCCAUACUUCAGGAAGCAGAAGUAUGGACGACUGAUCAGCACGGCGUCGGCUGCGGGACUGUUUGGAUCUUUCGGACAGACGAACUACUCUGCUGCCAAACUUGCCCUCGUUGGCUUUACUGAGACGCUCGCAAAGGAGGGUCUGAAGUACAACAUCCUCUGCAACGUCAUCGCCCCGAUCGCCGCCAGCCGAAUGACGGAGACGGUCAUGCCUCCCGAUGUCCUCGCGAAGCUGAAGCCUGAGUGGAUCGUCCCGCUCGUGGCUGUUCUCACACACAAGUCCUCUACAGAGACUGGCGCGAUAUUCGAGGCUGGCGGAGGCCAUAUUGCUAAGUUGCGAUGGGAGCGGGCCUCAGGUGCGCUCCUGAAGACCGACGAUUCUCUUACACCUGGCGCUGUUGCUGCCAAAUGGAAGGAUGUUGUUGACUUCUCGAACCCUGAGCACCCACAGGGCCCAGCGAACGCAUUGGAGCUUCUUGAGAAGGCCAGCCAGUUGCCACCCAACCCCAAGGGCGAAGAGAUUGACUUCAAGGGCAAGGUCGCGCUUGUCACUGGUGGAGGUGCUGGUCUCGGCCGCAUCUACUGCUUGCAGCUGGCCAAGCGUGGCGCAAAGGUUGUUGUCAACGAUCUCGUAAACCCCGACAAUGUUGUGCAGGAGAUCCAGAAGUUGGGCGGAGAGGCCGUUGGCAAUAAGGCCGAUGUCCAAGACGGCGAAGCAGUCAUCAAGACGGCCAUUGAGAAGUAUGGUCGCAUCGACAUCCUGAUCAAUAACGCUGGUAUCCUCCGUGACAAGGCCUUUGCCAACAUGACCGACGACCAGUGGGAAAUCAUCCUGAACGUGCAUCUCCAUGGCACAUACUCCUGCACGAAGGCUGCAUGGCCCUUUAUGCUCAAGCAAAAGUACGGUCGUAUCAUCAACACCACCUCCUCCAGCGGAAUUUACGGCAACUUUGGUCAGGCCAACUAUGCUGCAGCCAAGAGCGGCAUUCUCGGUUUCUCCAAGUCUCUUGCUCUUGAGGGCAAGAAGAACAACAUCUUCGUCAACACUGUUGCUCCUAAUGCCGGCACUCAAAUGACCCGCAGCAUCAUGCCCGAGGAGGUUGUACAAGCCCUCAAGCCCGACUACAAUGCUCCUCUCGUCAUCUUACUCGCUUCCGACAAGGCCCCUGAACCCACCGGCGGUUUGUACGAGAUGGGCUCUGGCUAUUUCGCGCAGACCAGGUGGCAGCGCACUGGCGGCCACGGCUUCCCCAUCGACGUCAAGCUCACCCCUGAAGCUGUCCUUGCGCAGUGGGAGCGCAUCACAAACUUCGAUGAUGGCCGCGCUGACCAUCCUUUCGACAAUGCCAGCGGUCUCAAGUCAAUCAUGGCGAAUAUGGAGAACACGAGCAAGAAGAGCAAGAAGCCCAAGCAGGACAGGAAGAGCAACGAGGAAAUCCUUCAGGCUCAGAAGGAGGCGUUGGCUGCUAAGGCUGAUGGCACUCCGUUCGAGUAUACUGAGAGGGAUGUCAUUCUCUAUAACCUCGGCAUCGGUGCCAAACGCACUGACCUCUCCUUCGUCUACGAAGGCGACGAGAACUUCCAGGUCAUCCCUACCUUCGGUGUGGUUCCCCCCUUCAACGCCGAGGCGCCAUUCAACUUUGACGACAUCGUACCCAACUUCGAUCCGCGCAUGCUCCUUCACGGCGAGCAGUUCCUCGAGAUCCGCAAAUUCCCCAUUCCUACCGAGGCGAAACUAGUCACAAUCCCCAAGCUCGUGGAGGUCGUCGAUAAGGGCGCUGCGGGCCUUGUUGUCUACGGUUCCAUUACCAAGGACGCAAAAACCGGCGAGGAAAUCUUCUACAACGAAAGCACAGUCUUCAUCCGUGGCUCGGGUGACUUCGGUGGGCAGAAGAAGGGUGGAGACCGCGGCGCUUCAACGAGGGCACAUAAGCCACCGCAGCGUGCACCGGAUGUUGUUGUCGAGGAGAAAACGACGGAAGAACAGGCUGCUAUCUACCGUCUCUCCGGUGACUUGAACCCGCUACACAUUGACCCACAAUUCAGCAAGGUUGGCGGCUUCGACACACCGAUCUUACACGGCCUAUGCUCGUUCGGCAUCAGCGGCAAGCACGUUCUACAGAAAUUCGGUCCUUUCAAGAACAUCAAAGUCAGAUUCGCGGGUGUCGUACUACCUGGGCAGACACUCAUCACCGAGAUGUGGAAGACGGGAAAUACCGUCGCGUUCCAGACAAAGGUCAAGGAGACUGGCAAACUGGCGAUAUCGGGUGCUGGCGCUGAGCUGCUUGGUGGAGCGAGUAAGUUGUAAGCAAGAGUAGUAGUCGUUGAUAAAGACAGGGAAACAUGGAAACCUAGCGAUUUGUGUUAAGUUAUGUAGGCCGAUUUUGAUUGCCUUGUAGAUAUGUAUUGUUAUGAUAUCAGAUUAUUCCAUCAGCACAGCGACCG